AUGGAUGUGCCAUGUGAUGAUAUUUGUGAUUAUUGUUUGUUACUGGAGCAUGUGGGUGUGCGCUUGAAGGAUUUAGAGCACGAUGCAUCACUUUCUAACGAUAAAAAAAUUUCUGAAAGCCUUGGGUUAAACGUAUGGGCAAACGCUGCGAAUCACAAGCGGCCCAAAUUGGAUUUGGGGACACAAAAAUUUAAGCUUGGACCUAUAGAAUUGCACUCUAAUUGUAAGACUGAGUGCACGAUAAAUAUGGUUACUGAACGGUCCAUAUAUACAACAUACAAAGUACACCAUCUACAUGCCAAAGUCAAGCAGAUUCUACUUAGGGGCAAGUCACUGAUACUUAUGCUCGUGGAUGACACAGGGGAAAUGCAGGGAAUUGUACAGCCUAGAUGUGUGGAUUUGUACAGCACUGUUGUUGUGGGUACUACGUUAAUUUUGUCAAAUAUUGUAAUAUAUUCUCCCAUCGGAUCAGCGCCGUAUGCAUUGAUCACCAGCAAUUCCAUUGCACAAUACAAGAACCCAUGA